AUUCCUGUGUGAAUGGAGAAUAGCACAGCUGUCCGGGAGUUCACCCUGGAGGGCUUCCCUGCAGUCCAGCACCUGGGGAAGGUCCUCUUUGCAGUGCACCUGCUGGCUUACCUGGCCUCCAUGGCAGGGAAUGCUCUCAUCAUCAUCAUCACCUGUGUUGCUCUUCGCCUCCAGACGCCCAUGUACUUCCUCCUCAGCACCUUCUCCUUUCUUGAGUGCUGCUUCACUAGUGCUGUCAUUCCCAAGUUGCUGGCCAUCUUCCUUUCAGGCAGGCAAAGGAUUUCCUUUGCAGCCUGUCUCAUACAAGCCUUUGUCUUUGUCUCUGUGGGAGCCACAGGCUUCUUCCUCAUCGCUGUGAUGUCAGUGGAUCGCUACAUGGCCAUCUGCAUGCCUCUGCGCUACCCCACCAUCAUGAACCUCAGCACCUGCUCCCUCCUCAUCACCGCCUCCCUAUCAGUGGGCUUUGCACUCAUCACAGGGCUCAUAGUGAAGGUUUCCCGAUUGUCCUUCUGUGGCCCCAGUGUCAUCCCUCACUUCUUCUGUGACCUCGGCUCUCUCAUCCAUCUCUCUUGUUCAAACACCAGAUCUACUGAAAUGCUGGCCUUUGGCUUAGCUCUGCUCAUCCUGGUUGCAUCCCUCCUGGUAACCAUCAUCGCCUACAGCAACAUAGUGGUGACAAUCCUGCGACUGCCCUCAGCCCAUGAGCGGAAGAAAGCCUUCUCCACCUGUUCCUCUCACCUCAUUGUCCUCUCUCUGAUAUACAGCAGCUCCAUCUUCAUCUAUGUGAAGCCAAAGCAAACCAGCAGGCUGGACUCCAACCGAGAGGCUGCUCUCGUGAAUACGGUGGUGACCCCACUGCUCAACUCUGUCAUUUACACCCUGUGCAACAAGCAGGUGCACCAGGCACUGAGAGAGACAAUGUGCAGAAUGAAAAUGUCAACAUAA